GAGGGAUAUUCGAAACUGUGGAAAAUGAACCUGUUAAUAUUGAAGAAUUGGCUUUCAAGUUUGCAGUCACCAACAUUAAUAGAAACAGAACAUUGAUGCCUAAUAUCACAUUAACCUAUGACAUCCAGAGAAUUAACCUUUUUGAUAGUUUUGAAGCCUCAAGAAGAGCAUGCGACCAGCUUGCUCUUGGUGUAGCUGCUCUGUUUGGACCUUCUCACAGCUCCUCCGUCAGUGCAGUGCAGUCCAUUUGCAAUGCACUAGAAGUCCCACAUAUUCAGACCCGAUGGAAGCACCCUACAGUGGAUAACAAAGAUGCAUUUUAUAUCAACCUCUACCCAGACUAUGCAGCCAUCAGCAGGGCGGUUUUGGAUCUUGUCCUCUACUACAAUUGGAAAAUAGUAACAGUAGUAUAUGAAGACAGCACAGGUCUAAUUCGCCUGCAAGAGCUCAUCAAAGCCCCUUCUAGAUACAACAUUAAAAUCAAAAUCCGUCAACUGCCCUCUGGGAAUAAAGAUGCCAGGCCUUUACUCAAGGAGAUGAAGAAGGGCAAGGAGUUCUAUGUGAUAUUUGAUUGCUCACAUGAAACUGCAGCAGAAAUCCUCAAGCAGAUUCUCUCCAUGGGAAUGAUGACCGAAUACUACCACUACUUUUUUACAACACUGGAUCUGUUUGCAUUAGACCUGGAACCCUACAGAUACAGCGGAGUAAAUAUGACAGGGUUUCGCCUGCUUAAUGUUGAGAACCCCCAAGUUUCCUCAGUCAUUGAGAAAUGGUCAAUGGAGCGUCUGCAGGCACCACCGAAACCAGAGACUGGCCUCCUUGAUGGCAUGAUGACCACUGAAGCAGCUCUGAUGUACGAUGCUGUUUACAUGGUAGCAGUCGCCUCCCAGCGUGCCUCCCAAAUGACUGUCAGCUCCCUGCAGUGCCACAGACACAAGCCGUGGCGUUUUGGACCCAGAUUUAUGAAUCUGAUAAAAGAGGCACGGUGGGAUGGCCUGACAGGGCGCAUAACCUUCAACAAAACCGAUGGCUUAAGGAAGGAUUUUGAUUUGGACAUUAUUAGCCUCAAGGAGGAAGGAACAGAAAAGGCUGCUGGCGAGGUUUCUAAUCAUUUAUAUAAAGUGUGGAAGAAGAUUGGGGUUUGGAAUUCAUACAGUGGCCUUAAUAUGACGGACAGCAACAAGGACCGAUCGACCAACAUCACCGAUUCCUUGGCUAACCGGACACUUAUUGUCACCACCAUUUUGGAAGAUCCCUAUGUUAUGUACAAGAAGUCUGACAAGCCCUUGUACGGAAAUGACAGAUUCGAGGGUUAUUGCCUGGACUUACUGAAGGAGCUCUCAAAUAUUUUAGGCUUCAUCUAUGAGGUCAAACUAGUUUCGGAUGGUAAAUAUGGAGCCCAGAAUGACAAAGGAGAGUGGAAUGGGAUGGUCAAAGAACUCAUAGAUCAUAAAGCUGAUCUGGCGGUUGCUCCUCUCACUAUUACCUAUGUAAGAGAGAAAGUAAUUGAUUUUUCCAAGCCCUUCAUGACGCUGGGAAUCAGUAUCUUGUACCGGAAGCCCAAUGGGACAAACCCUGGUGUUUUCUCCUUUUUAAACCCUCUUUCUCCUGAUAUUUGGAUGUAUGUACUCCUAGCCUGCCUUGGAGUCAGUUGUGUCCUCUUUGUCAUUGCAAGGUUUACACCAUAUGAAUGGUAUAACCCCCACCCGUGCAACCCAGACUCAGAUGUGGUGGAAAACAAUUUUACUUUACUAAAUAGUUUCUGGUUUGGAGUUGGAGCUCUCAUGCAGCAAGGAUCAGAGCUGAUGCCCAAAGCUCUUUCUACCAGAAUAGUUGGAGGAAUAUGGUGGUUUUUCACCUUAAUCAUAAUAUCAUCCUAUACUGCCAACCUGGCUGCCUUCCUAACCGUGGAGAGGAUGGAAUCCCCCAUUGAUUCAGCAGAUGAUUUGGCAAAGCAAACCAAGAUAGAGUAUGGGGCUGUUAGAGACGGAUCCACAAUGACCUUCUUCAAGAAAUCCAAAAUAUCAACAUACGAGAAGAUGUGGGCGUUCAUGAGCAGCAGGCAGCAGACAGCGCUGGUGAAGAACAACGAUGAGGGAAUCCAGCGCGUGCUUACAACAGACUAUGCGCUGCUAAUGGAGUCAACCAGCAUAGAGUAUGUGACUCAGAGAAACUGCAAUCUCACCCAGAUAGGAGGGCUCAUCGAUUCAAAAGGCUACGGCGUGGGAACUCCUAUUGGGUCUCCUUACAGAGACAAGAUCACCAUCGCCAUCCUCCAGCUCCAGGAGGAGGGAAAGCUGCACAUGAUGAAGGAAAAGUGGUGGCGAGGCAACGGUUGCCCAGAGGAGGACAGCAAGGAAGCCAGUGCUCUUGGGGUGGAAAAUAUUGGGGGCAUCUUCAUAGUUCUUGCUGCAGGGCUUGUUCUUUCGGUGUUUGUAGCCAUUGGUGAAUUUAUAUAUAAAUCAAGGAAAAACAGCGAUAUUGAGCAG